GUUCGUGAGGAAAGACGUGUGUUAACAAUCAUGAUCAGAAGAGAAAUUCCACUGCUUUUAUUGUUAACUUGUGGUGGGUUUCAUCUUGUUAGAAGUUCUGUUUGUGGUAAAUGCCAGGUAGAGCCCUUCCCUUCAUUCCAGAACAAGAGAGUUAGUGUUGGUGUUCUGUGGACGAAAACACUGACCAGUCGUGCCGAAUGUGCGGCGCUCUGCAACCGCUUCAUGGUCAUCAGAUCCUUCGGAUACAAGGACAGCAGUGGAGAAUGCGUGGCAUACACCGUACCUCUCCCACCACCACCAGCAACAACAACACCAGCAACAACAACAACACCACCACCACCACCACCACUACCACCACCACUACCACCACCAGAAUCACCACCACCACCAGAAACACCACCACCACCACCAGCAACAACACCACCAGCAGCAACUACCUAUGUCAGUGAAUCAGGAUUCAACAUGUAUUCCACCUGUGCACAAGCCAACCAUUUCGGUUCCUGUGUCAACUCCACAGACUGCUCUGAUGAAAAGACUACUUGUAAUGAUGGGCUGUGUGUGUGUAACAUCACGUACGUGUCCUCCCAAGGCAACUGUGUUCAAGGUUGUUCUACAUAUGGUUCGGGAGUAACUACAUUCAAAAAUAGGAACCUUAAUGGAUACAACACCAAGAACGUAAACAACAUCACAACGAUAGACGCAUGUAUAGAUUUAUGCUUGACCGAGAGAGAUUUCCUGUGUGUGACAGCGGAUUUCGGGCUUUCAAUAAGCAGAUGCAUCCUCUGCAGCUGGGCUUGGUAUGAUGUCCCAUCAGAGCACCAACUAGUCUCUACCACAUUCGAUCAAAUCAUCCGUAAUUGUGCUUAAAAUAUGAAAACAUGAUCCUUUGGCUACCAGGUUCCAACUCUCUUGGUUUCGAUUGCUUAAGAAAUAUUCAACGUUUAUAUCUGACCAUAAGAUUGUUUUGUAGUUUAAAAGUCACUAGGCUGAGACGUAAACAAUGCAGCAACACGUUCUAUAAGAUGAGUGAGUGAGUGAGUGAGUGAGUGAGAGUGAGUGAGUGAGUGAGUGAGUGAGUG